UCUGGCUUGACAGAUCCGUCAACCCUCUCCCGUUACAUAAUUGCAGCAAAGCGCUAGACUGGCUUGUCCUGUCCUGCGCUCAUCAAGAAAUCGAUACCGGAAAUGUUUGCGAAAUCAUCUGCCCUUUCCUCGUCGGCCCCAGUGUUCGCACCCCAGGCUUCACUGGAAUCGCAGGAGUACCAGAACACUUGCUAUGGCUAUGGCGAGCAGUUUUACCAGAACAACGGCUACGGCAAUGGUGAGUAUUAUCAAGUCAACUGCUACGGUGCACAGGUGCAAGCCAACAUGAGUCCCUACUACAUGAUUGGUGGCAAUGGCUACACCAACACCAACUCGGGCAGCUUCACCUCCACUUACUGCAAGGAGAGCGCUUUGAAUCUCGAUGACUUUUCAGACCUCUCUGAUUCCGACUCUGACGAUGACGCGCCGAAAGUAUCUGCGAAGCUCAUUAUUAGUGAGGUCACGGAGUUGCCAGAGUCUGUGGAGCCAGCAGAGGAGCCCUCGCCUUGUGCUACCUCAGGAUUGACGCAGAGCAAUUUCGAGGAUGAGACCGUGUCCGUGGUGUCCCUCAGCAGCGCCUCCUCUGAGCCAGAGGGAGAAGAAGUGGACACCGCUGACAAGUUCAGUGACGAAAUGGACUCGGAUACUGUCUAUGAUAUCAGGCGUCUGCUGACCUUGCGCGAAGCACUUCAGCAUCAGGAACCACUGAAGCUGUACCGCACAAUGGCGGUCAAACAGGAAGAGCCCCCGUCGCCUCAGCCGCAACCAAAGGCGGACGCAGGCAGCCGCGGCAGGACCAAGAGCAAACUGGACGUUUCAGAGAACUCCUGGGCAGCCCAGCGCAGGCGCGUCAAGUCCGAGGCCAUUGAUGCCACAGAGCAAGUGGCCCGAAGCAUCAAGUCCAUUCUCAACAAGCUGACGCUGGAAAAGUUUGCAAGCCUCGCGCAGCAGCUUCUGGACUGCGGCAUCUGCAACUCUGACCAUGUGGAGAUCUUGAUCCAUGAGGUUUUUGGAAAGGCGACCUCGCAGCACCACUUCAUCGAUAUGUACGCUGACCUUUGCGUGCUGCUCCAUGAGCACUUCUUGACCGAGCCAUUCGAAGACUGCAAGGAGGGCAGCAAGAAGCUGACCUUCAAGCGGCUGUUGCUGGACGAAUGUCAGUCCUCCUUUGAGCGUCUUCUCUCUCCGCCUGCUGGCUUGGACGAUCUGGAGCCAGAAGCACGGACCAUUGCAGAAGUGCGUUACAAGACGCACAUGCUGGGCAACAUCAAGCUUGUGGGCGGGCUCCUGUCCCGUGGCAUGUUGGCCAGCAAGGUCGGCAUCGCGAUCCUGGAGGAGCUCCUCUCCAACCCCACUGCCGAGGCCUUGGAGUCCGCUGCCGCGUUGCUGACCGCAAUGGGCCCCACGGCUGAUCGCCCGGACUGGCCGCAGAAAGUGGCACUGAACGCCAUUUUUGAGCGCAUCGCUCUGAUUGUGAAGAUGUCCAAGUGUCAGCCGAGAGAGCGUUGCCUGCUCAAGGACCUGCUGGAGCUGAGGGCCAACGCGUGGGUGGACAAGCGGCCCAAGAAGAUGGAGCGGGCCAUGACCCUGGCACAGGUGGCGCAGAGCGCGGCCGGCAAGGAGGUGAAGCCCAAGGCAAUGCGCAUGGUGGCGCCAGCCUUCGACCAGGAGAAGUUCCGGGAUGCUGCGCAGCGCGCCCUCCGCGAGCUGCGUCUCAGCAAGGACGACGCUGAGGCGGCGCGGCGCAUUGGCGCCCAGGGCGUGCCCCGAGAGGCUGCCAAGCAAGCAGCUGAGCUGGCCGAAGUCUUGGCCAACGUGGUUCAGGAGGGCGCUGCCGUGCGCGAGUCAGGCUUCAAAAUGCUGCUGGCAGUCGCGGCAGGCGCGGGCUGGCAGCCGCAGGCCCUGGAUGAGGCGGUGCAGCUCUUUGUCUCGGAGAUGGCGCCGGAUCUCAGCUGCGACGUGCCCAAUCUGGAGCAGAUCCUUGCGAAGGACUUCCAUGCCCUCCUGCGCGCAUCGCGCUCCUCUGCGCCGGCACUGAGGGCCCUGAAGGAGUUCAAGGCAUGAUGCCCCCUCAUUGCUGAGCCAAGCUAAUCUAUUUCUGCCUGGAGGUUCAUGACAAG